CCUGACUGAAGUAAUUCUGACAUGAUGUGAAUGCAGGAUUAUUUUAUGACUAGUUUAUUCCUUUGUCACAGUUCCAGAGGGUGCAAAUCUGAAUCUGGUUGUGUGUGGGAGUAACAGAGAAUUAAAAACCUUCAUAUCAAACCUGAUCCUGAAUCAGAGCGAGAGAAGAUCAGAGCUCAGCUCAGAGUGUGUGAGGAGAGACGUGGAGCUUCAUGGACGUCUGAUCAGUCUGGUGGAGCUUCCAGCUCUGUUCAACACUCAGCUCUCAGAGGAGGAAGUGAUGCGUCAGACUCACCGCUGUGUGUCUCUCUGUCAUCCUGGAGUUCAUGUUUUCAUCAUCAUCAUUCCUGAUGCUCCACUUAAUAAUGAAGACAAAGCAGAAAUGGAGAAAUUAAAGAGAAUAUUUAGCUCAAGAAUCAACAAACACAUCAUGAUCCUCAUAAAGCAGAAUUCAGAGCAUCAGACAGAAAAACUGAAUGAAGAAACACAGUCUGUCAUUCAGAGUUUUGGAGGACGACAUCAGUUCAUUGACCUGAACACACAAGUGUCUGUGUUGAUGGAGAAACUGGAGCAGAUUGUUGAGAAAAAUAGUGGUGUUUGUUUCUCCACUGAGACAUUGUUUGAAGCACAGAUGGAAAAACUGCUGAAAUCAGAUGAAAUGAAGAGGAAAAUCCAUCCAUUAGAGACAUGGUUUCAGUCACAAGACUCAAGAGAAAGAGAAGAUGAACUGACGAUUGUGCUGCUGGGAAAAACUGGAGUUGGGAAGAGUUCAACUGGAAACACCAUCUUAGGAAGAAAAGCAUUUAAAGCAGACAUUUCUCAAACAUCUGUAACUAAAGUGUGUCAGAGAGAAACAGCUGAAAUCAGCGGCAGACGCAUUACUGUGAUCGACACUCCAGGACUGUUUGAUACUGAACUGACUAAAGAGGAGAUCCAGAGAGAAAUCACCAACUGUAUUUCCAUGAUCCUGCCUGGACCACAUGUGUUUCUCUUACUGAUACCAGUAGGACGAUUCACUGAAGAAGAGGAAAAAUCAGUAAAGAUCAUUCAAGGUACGUUUGGUGAAAACUCAUUAAAGUAUAUCAUAGUGCUCUUCACCAGAGGAGACUUUCUGAAGAACAAAAUCAUUGAACAGUAUCUGGGAGAACCUGGAUCUACUCUUAAAAACCUGACUGAAGCAUGUGGAAACAGAUUUCUUGUGUUCAAUAAUGAAACUGGAGACCAAACACAGGUGACUGAUCUACUGCAGAAGAUAGACAACAUGGUGAAAGCAAACGGAGGGAGUUACUACUCAUGUAAGAUAUUCAGAGAGAUGGAAAGACAAAUACAAGAACAACAAAAGAACAUACUGAUGGAGAAAGUGGAGCAACUGAACAGAGAAAAAGAAGAAUUGAUGAUAAAACAUGAAGAAGAAAAAAAGGGGUUGAUAAUGAAAAUGGAGGAAGAUCAUGACAAAGAGAGAAGGAGAAGAGAAGAAAAAUCUAAAAGAGACAUUAAAGAAAGAGAGGAACAAGAGAGAGAGAUACGAGAGGAGAUGAAGAGAGAACGAGAGGAAUGGGAGAAACAGAAACAACAGGAAAGACAAAGAAGAGAAGAAGCGGAGGAGAAAUGGAGAAAGAAAGAACAUGAAAUGUGGGGUGAAAAUUAUCAGAGACUUAAACAAGAGAUAGACAGAAUGAAGAUGAGGAUGGAGGUAGAAAGACAGAAUCAUGAUAAAGACAGAAAGAGAAGAGAAGAAGAGGAUGAGAGAAAGAGAAAGAAAGAACAGGAAACAUGGGAUAAAUAUUACCAGAGACUUGAACAAGAGAUAGAGAGAAUGAACAUGACAAUGGAGGAGGAAAGAGAGAAUCAUGAUAAAGAGAGAAAGAGAAGAGGACUUUAGAGAGAGAGAACCGUAUAAAAAAGAUACAUUAAUGACACUGAGAAACAAGAGAGAAGAUGGGAAAGGAUCUGAAGAAAGAACAAGAGGAACAACAGAAAUUACAAAAUAGGAGAAGAAAUGGAGUAAUAAAGAAAACGUACAGGCAAUAUGGGAUGACUUAGGAGAGAAAGUUCAAACAUGAAGACGAGAGAGUUCAGAUAAACCUGGAAUACACUUAAUAAAUGCACUUAAGUUGCUUUUUGGUAUUUAAUGUAUUUGCUCUCUCUCUCUCUCUCUCUCUCUCUCUCUC